GGCGAGCGACGCGGAAGUCGCGAAGCGGGCCGGCUCCACGUCUCCCGUCCGGGAACGAAUUUAAGCCCGAGGGGACAAGUUUCCGAUCAUUCUUCCUCCUCCUCCCCUCCGUAUAAUAAGAUCCAUCCGUCCAUCCUCUAAUCCCGUAGCAGCCAGCGUAGCCUAGCCGCCCCCACCUGCUCUCCUCCGCUCCGGGAUCCAUCCGUCCACCCAGGCCGUCGUCGACCUAGGGUUUUGUGCAGACCAUGGCGCGGAAGAUGCUCAAGGACGGGGAGGCGCCCGCCGUCGCCGACGCCGACGGCGGCGGGGGCGAGGGGAGCUACGACUACGACCUCUUCGUCAUCGGCGCCGGCAGCGGCGGCGUCCGCGGCUCCCGCACCGCCGCGGGAUUCGGGGCCAAGGUUGCGAUCUGCGAGCUCCCGUUCCACCCCAUCAGCUCCGAGUGGCUGGGAGGACACGGCGGAACGUGCGUCAUACGUGGCUGUGUCCCGAAGAAGAUUCUCGUCUACGGGGCAUCUUUCCGGGGGGAAUUCGAUGACGCCAAGCAAUUCGGGUGGGAGAUCAACGGCGACAUCAACUACAACUGGAAAAAGUUGCUGGAAAACAAGACUCAAGAAAUUGUGAGAUUAAACGGAGUGUACAAGAGAAUCCUUGGUGGUUCUGGCGUGACGAUGAUCGAAGGGGCAGGGAGUAUAGUUGAUGCUCAUACCGUUGAAGUCACCCAGCCAGAUGGUUCAAAGCAAAGGCACACGACCAAGCACAUAUUGAUUGCAACUGGUAGCCGGGCAACUCUGGUCGACAUUCCUGGAAAGGAGCUGGCUAUUACUUCAGAUGAGGCUUUAAGUUUGGAGGAGCUACCGAAACGUGCUGUGAUUCUUGGUGGCGGAUAUAUUGCUGUUGAAUUUGCUUCUAUCUGGAAGGGGUUGGGUGCUGAAGUAGAUCUAUUUUAUAGGAAAGAACUUCCUCUAAGGGGUUUUGAUGAUGAGAUGAGAACAGUUGUUGCAAGUAACCUUGAAGGAAGGGGAAUCCGAUUGCAUCCAGGGACAAAUUUGACCGAGUUGAGUAAAACAGCCGAUGGCAUUAAAGUUGUGACAGAUAAGGGGGAUGAGCUCAUUGCAGAUGUUGUUCUUUUUGCUACAGGUCGUGCGCCGAACUCCAAUAGGCUGAACCUGGAAGCUGUUGGUGUUGAGGUUGAUCAAAUAGGAGCCAUCAAGGUUGAUGAAUACUCCCGUACAUCAGUUCCAAGUAUAUGGGCUGUGGGUGAUGUAACGAAUCGGAUUAACCUAACACCUGUUGCUCUGAUGGAGGCUACUUGCUUCGCUAAAACUGUGUUUGGUGGCCAGACAGUUAAGCCUGAUUAUAAAGAUGUACCUUGUGCUGUUUUCUGCAUUCCACCACUAUCUGUCGUCGGUCUGAGCGAACAAGAGGCUUUGGCGGAAGCCAAGAAUGAUCUUCUUGUUUACACAUCAAGUUUCAACCCAAUGAAGAACAGCAUAUCCAAACGCGUGGAGAAGUCUACCAUGAAACUGGUGGUCGAUGCUGAGACCGAUAAGGUACUCGGUGCAGCCAUGUGUGGACCAGAUGCAGCUGAAAUUAUGCAGGGCAUUGCUGUUGCGCUCAAGGCUGGAGCUACCAAGGCGACCUUCGACAGCACCGUCGGGAUCCACCCUUCUGCAGCGGAGGAGUUUGUGACGAUGCGGACCUUGACCAGGCGCGUGAGCCCGCCAUCCAAGCCAAAGACGAACUUGUAAGCAAGAUCCCUGCAAUGUUUUGGACCAAAAUUAUACUGGUGUGGCCACGGGAACUGUAGACACAGACUCUUGUUUCAGUUUGCUAGCCCUGCUCUUGGCAUUUGACCUGAAAGUGUGAUACGGUGUAUCUGAUUGAUGGUAGAAAUAAGUUUCUGUGGAACAGUUUGUACAGAAAUGGUGGGUAUUGUCAUGAUUUCCAACCCAAAUAAGCCCUUGAUGUUGAAAUAUUUUACCAUUUA